AUGGCGGAACAGACUGAGAAAGCUUUCCUAAAGCAACCUAAGGUCUUCCUCAGCUCGAAGAUAUCUGGAAAGGGAAAGAGACCUGGAAAGGGUGGAAACAGAUUCGUUAAGAACAUUGGUUUGGGCUUCAAGACUCCUCGUGAUGCCAUUCAAGGAACUUACAUUGACAGCAAAUGUCCCUUCACUGGAACUGUCUCGAUUAGAGGACGUAUCUUAGCCGGUACUUGCCACAGUGCUAAAAUGCAGAGGACCAUUAUUGUCCGAAGGAACUACCUUCACUUUGUCAAGAAGUAUCAGAGGUAUGAGAAGAGGCAUUCAAACAUCCCUGCUCACGUCUCACCUUGUUUCCGUGUCAAGGAAGGAGACCAUGUCAUCAUUGGACAGUGCAGGCCUUUGUCCAAGACUGUGAGGUUCAAUGUGUUGAAGGUGAUACCAGCUGGUGCUUCUGCUUUCGCAAAGAAGGCUUUCACUGGCGCUUAAGAAGGAGCUUUUCAUCUUAGUUUAUGUUUCUUGAUAGACCUGAACUCUGUUAUUACCCUUUUAUUUUAAAGGAGAUUUUUACAUUCAAGUUUCAGAUUUUUAAUGUUUUAAUGCAUGACUUUCGUUUAAUUUUCGUCCCAAUUUUGAAAUCGUUUUGAGUAGCCUGCGUUUUAUUUUCUUUCUCGAACAUUUGAACUGAUUGCUCCCGCCUGAUUUGAGGUUGAUGAGUUUCUGUAGAUCUUUAUUGAAGAC